AUGUCCAGCAAAGAGGAGUCGUACGAUGACCAGCAACGUUUGGCACACCAGCAGAACACACCCACUCAGGACUAUUUGGCAUUCCUGACGGCCUUCACCCGAAAAACUUUCGUCAAUCUCAGUAAGGAGAUAACAGCCUUCAGAGAAGUAUGGGCUGCCCAAAAUGACCUGCACGCCAAGCGCUACUAUAGAGGCCACACCACAGUUCAACGGGCCUACAGAAACAAGGAUACGGUUCACUGUCUUCUCAAUGCCUUGAAUGUCCCUGGUGUUUCAACCCCCCAGGACAGUUCUGGCAUUCCUUCCACUUCUGGCGCUUUCGCAGCUCCAUCUUCCACCGCUCCUCUUUCUGGCACAGAGGCUUCUGUCUCUAUUUCACGUGCCCCUUCUUCAUGCAGUAGUAUUUCCUGUCGUGUUCAGCAGAUUCGUCAACGUACCUAUGCGGCGUCGACGAUCAUGGCGUCUUGCUUCAGGAAAGCAGACACGUCAUCAAGAAGGUUACCUCCUAUCUGA